AACUGCAUUGAUAGAACAACACCAGGACCAGGACCAGGACCAGCGCAGGUGAAGGCGUGAAGCUGCAGCUGGUGCUUUCGAUGUAUGUCAGCUCCCUGGGCGCCACUGUGGCGAACAACAUCUAGAACAAUGAAGCUCUUCACCGCAUUCCACUUACUCAUCAAUUAUGGCGGAGAAAUACACUCUACUUUCGGUCCCAGCAUGCUGCCGACAAUCAAUACAGCUGGAGACUGGUGCAUAGUCGAUAAAUGGCGCUACAGACUUGGACGCAAUCUCAGGGUUGGCGAUCUGGUGGUGGCUAGCAAGCCUGGAGGUGACGACAUUUUCGUACUCAAGCGGGUCAUUGGCAUGCCCGGUGACAUUGUGCUCAAGGAUCCGUCGGAAAGCAAACGCGAAUUCAUCAAGGUGCCUGUGGGUCACAUGUGGAUCGCCGGUGACAAUUUAUCUCAUUCAGUUGACUCGCGUCACUAUGGGCCUGUUCCUCUUGCGCUCGUUCGUGGUAGAGCGCUGGGCACUAUU